AUGAUCAGAAAGGCAGGGCCUCCGAUCUGGAAGGAUCGUGCGUGCGUGAGGGGCUACCGAGAUCUGCAUGCCUACAAGUUACUUCUGAAACCUCAACUUGGACUAACCCUACCUUCUUCCAGUGACGAGGGUGGAAGCAGCAGGAGGACCCCAAGCCCAGUGAGGUUCUUUGCAGCAGAUGUGGGAGCUGCCUGCCCCGCUUUGCUUCAAACAUGCUCUUACCUCCUGGAGAGUUCCACUGCCCUCCUGAUGGAGAGGAGAGGGCAGCCGGGCAUCACCUCAGAAUUAAUGAGACCUCCAAUUACAUUCAUUUGCUUCAAGGAAUUGUACCCCGCAAUGACCCCCCACAUUUCAGAGUCUUCCCACCUCCUUCAUGUUCCUCUAGACAAUGUAGCUAAUUAUAAGAAAACCAUCGCCAAGAAGGACAAAUGGAAGAGACCUCAGAAGAAAAUCAUAAAGGAUUACCACUUCUGCAACCCCGGGGGUCUGGUCCAUGAACCCCACAUUGGCAGCCCGCUUCGCCUUCCCUGUGACCUGAUGGAGCAAAACUCCGCCUGUGUUCUGGCCACCGCUGCCGCCGAGAUGAGAGACAAGACAUCACUAAUCAAAACUAACCCAUGCCAUUUUUUCAACUCUUCUAAUCUUAAUUGA